UUGAUCCUUCUCUCGCACGGUCUCACUCUGCAGAAUCAGUGCCUUAUUCAGUCUUCUCUCGCUCUCUCUCACUGCUGCUGCUGCUGCUGCUGCUGUGGCUGGACUCUGCCUUCUCACCGCUCAGCAUCUGCACAUCCCUACAAUGGCUAAAACAGCGAUGGCCUACAAGGAAAAAAUGAAGGAGCUGUCCAUGCUCUCACUGAUUUGCUCCUGCUUUUACCCAGAACCUCGAAACAUCAAUAUCUACACCUAUGAUGACAUGGAAGUGAAGCAAAUCAACAAACGUGCCUCUGGCCAAGCUUUUGAGCUGAUCUUAAAGCCACCAUCUCCCAUCUCAGAAGCCCCACGAACUUUAGCUUCUCCAAAGAAGAAAGACCUGUCCCUGGAGGAGAUCCAGAAAAAACUAGAGGCCGCUGAGGAAAGAAGAAAGUCUCAGGAGGCCCAGGUGCUGAAACAGCUGGCAGAGAAGCGGGAGCACGAGCGAGAAGUUCUGCAGAAGGCGCUGGAGGAAAACAACAACUUCAGCAAAAUGGCAGAGGAAAAGCUGAUCCUGAAAAUGGAACAGAUUAAGGAGAACCGCGAGGCUAAUCUAGCUGCUAUUAUUGAACGUCUGCAGGAAAAGGAGAGGCAUGCUGCAGAGGUGCGCAGGAACAAGGAACUGCAGGUGGAACUGUCUGGCUGAGCCAAUGGAGGGUGUGGCAUGCCCCACUGCUGGGAAAUCCCCCUGCCUAUAUCAUAAUGGAUCACAUGAUAUCAGUAUGGAAAAUGUAUGACAUGGUUUAAAAAGAACUCACUAUUAAAAAAAGAAUCAAAAAAUAAAAGAAAUCAAUACGGUC